AGUAGUAUCACAAAAGGAAUGCGGGGUCGUGCGAAGAAAAAAUAUUAUCAAAAACUAAAACAUAAAUCUAAAAUAUAUUCGGUUGGUUUGUAUGUAAGAUUGCAUAAAGCGGGAAAUAGAUCUCGAAACUAUUUAUUCUGCAGAAUUUUGUCCUUAUAUGAAACUGUUCUGAACACAAAGAGAAUGAAGAUAGAACAUUUUCAUACAUAUAAUCAACUUUACAACUCUGGUGACAAAAUUAACGAUAACAUAUUAAUAAAAUCUAUGAAAAGGAAUCAAAAGUGCUUCCGAGUGACAGAUAUUGCGGAUAAUAUCAGCGUGGUACCAUACCACGAAUUUUUGGAGAUAAGAAAUAGUGACGACGUUAACAAAAAGCUUAAGACUUUUUAUAUUCAAGAAUAA